CAAAAAAUCAAUAAAAAAACAUCUCAUGCUUAUCCAUAUGCAUCUAUAUGAUGAGUCAUAUCGUACAAAUUCUCCUUAAAACGAUCGAUGACAGAAUAUCCUAAAUCCUACAGCGUUUCAUGAGCGAAUAAAAAAUGCUGAGAUCGGUUGUUUUGAACCCUCUUCCGCCAUUGCCGUCUUAUUUAACUGUUUAUUCUGAAGAUUUGAAUAAAAGCAACGGCUCGAGAACAGCCAUAAAUCCGUCGACAAUCCGAUGUGUUUCCCGAAGCAACGGUUCUAUACCUAAGCGCGAGCCUUUUAGCAGGAGCAAGUUCGACAGAAUCGUUAAAGACCCUCCUCUCAUUCAGAAGUGCGAAAGCGAAAUCGCAGAUUAUUGCUCUGUUCUUGAAGGGGAUGCUUCGUAUAGCUGCUGGAGGGCCUAUUUUGAACUUAAGGAUCUUGAAAAAGAAGAACCCAAGGAGGACGUGGAGAGGCUAAUCCUGCAAGCGGGUGGAGUGAAAUCCCUGAUUGGAUGCCUGCAUGGAAUCGCAGCCAUGCAGAAACCCGUGAAAGGAAGGCAUGAAGCCGAAAAGCCUACAUACAGUGUAAAGAAAGAAGAGGAGAGGUUAUGCCGUGUGCCUGAUGGGUUGCCCAAGUCAAGAGAAGAAAUUGAAGAAGAAGAGAAAGCUUUGAUGCCAGAUUCAGCCUUCACAAGAUUACUGAGGAGUAAAGGGAGAGCCCCUGCAUGGUACUCUCGCGCUCCAGAUCACUAAACUGGUUGAUAAUUUGAUACACCCAUCUUUACAAGGGUAGUAGUCAUUGACUCAUAGUGUGCGUAGUACUUUAGAGUAGUGAGUAUACCGGGGCCGUAGCUCACCUGGUAGGAAGGGAGUGCCACAAGGGAGAGGUCUCGGGUUCGACUCCAAACAAUGAAGCCCCACUCUCUUUCCAUUAGUGUGGGAUCAAAGCUCAAUUUUCAUCCUCUUAGCUAGUUGUACAGUCGGUGCUGGGGGUCCUCAGGGAUGGGGUGUCAGUUUGACAAGUACUUUUAGUAUUACGGCCUAAAACUGUUAGCCAUUAGCUUGUCCCGUUAGUGUCUAUGAUUGAUCAAUUGAUCAAUUUAGCCAAUUAGCCCUGAUGGUAUAACUUAUUGCCGAAAGUGUUUGGUAGGACCGUAGGACUAUGUAUGUCUGUAAAUAGUUGUUAAGUAAAGGUAAAUGGCGCAUAAGGACAUGUCUUCAUUUAUGCAAAAUAAUUUAAUAUUAUUCAUGUUAUUAUUAUUAUUUUA